AUGGCGGUAGUUGCGGGAGAUGUACCAAUCUCGGCUGGUUUGCUGGUCGAGGUGGAGCACGUAGCCGUCUUAGAACGCUGCAAUCUCGUCGGACGCAAGGUCGGUCGAGCGUCCAACAAUCAGCGGCGCAAACCGUAG